CAUAUGAUCACAUUGGCAUGAGUUGAUCUUUGGUACAGAGUGCGCCAGACGUCAAGCAGGUAUGGUGUCGUGAAGUCUUAUAGCAGAGGCCAUUUCUUCAAGACAUAUAGUGCCACUUAUCUUCCGUGCAGAAGCACAGGCCAAACGACCUCUGUCCAGGCGGAAUACGAGACAAUCAUCUGAGGCAGAGAGACGAUGAAACACGACCGAUCUUGGACGACCAUGUCCACAGCAGUGCUGGUCCUGAUGCUGGCAUCCUGUCUGGAGCCGUCGCUCGGGGAGGGAGACGGCGGGAAAGUCGACACAAAGCCCAACUUUCUUCUGUUCAUGGUGGAUGAUUUGGGGAUGGGAGAUGUGGGGUGCUUCGGAAACACAUCGAUAAGGACCCCCAAUAUUGAUCGCAUUGCCAAGAAUGGUGUGAAACUGACGCAACACCUCGCUGCCUCUGCCGUCUGUACCCCCAGCAGAGCCGCCUUCCUGACGGGACGCUACCCCAUACGCUCAGGAAUGGCACCAUCAGGACAGAUGAGGGUUAUACCAUUCCUAGCCUCACCAGGGGGGUUACCAGCAAAUGAAACCACCUUCGCAACGAUACUGAAACAGGCUGGCUAUGAUACAGCACUUGUAGGAAAGUGGCAUCAAGGCGUGAGCUGCUCCAAUAGGAAUGACUUUUGCCACCAUCCGCUGAACCACGGCUUCAACCACUUCUAUGGUCUACCACUCGGGAACGUACGUGACUGCGGAAUCAACGUGGGCACUGUCAUGAGGACCAAACCUGCCGAACAAGUCAUCAGCAUCGUCAUAGCGAUCACCGUGCUCCUUCUCUCCGUUGCAUUCUUGAAGUUGUACGGAGUCGUGUACUACAACUGGAGAAGCUACUGCAACUUCGUCGGACUCUGGGUGGGGCUUAUUCUCCUUGGCUUCUUUUUCUUAAGAAGCUUCCGCACCUUGAACUGCGUCUUGAUGAGAAACAAGGACGUCGUCGAGCAGCCCUUCAACUUGGAAACCUUGACGCCGCGAUUCACAGAAGAAGCCGUGGCAUUCCUACGCGAGAGAAAGGACGUCCCUUUCCUGCUGUAUGUGGCGUACUCCAAGGUUCACACGGCGCUGGCGACAGCGGAAAGAUUUCGCGGGAAAAGUCAGCACGGUAGCUACGGGGACAACGUAGAGGAGAUGGAUUGGAGCGUUGGGGAGAUCAUGAAGACGCUGGAUGAACUGGGGCUGACGGAGAACACGUUUGUGUAUUUGUCCUCUGACAACGGGGGGCAUAUAGAAGAGGUAUCAGCCAAGGGGGAGGUGCAUGGAGGAUGGAACGGCAUUUACAAAGG